UGUCAAUUACGAAUAUGUAAUGCUUUAUUUCUAUUGCAUCUUCCUUCGCUUUUUUUAAUCCAUAUCUGCUGUGACGUGACAUUUUUGAAGUCCGUCACAAGGGCGAGAAAGCCCGAUCGAGGAGGGAAAUUUGAGGUCGGAGACCCCACCGCGGGGGGCGACUGUACCUCUCCCUCUUAAUUCUCUUUUGAGAUUAUAGAUUUUGCGUUGUAGCAAAUUGCGCGAGUCGUGGUGAGUGGCCAAACUCCCAUAUUGUGAAUUGAGAUGGAGCAGCCUUCGUGGGACCUGCGAGGGACUCAGCAGGCAGGACGACGGAGGCCCGAACGGCGUGCAGACAAAUCCAGAAUAAGGGCAAGUAGAAAUACCCUUGCUUGUAUAAUUCGAUUCCAGACACAGUUGCUACCGCAAGUACCGUUUCAGAUUCGGAGCAUAUCGAGGCCGGUGAACGCACCGAGAGAGAUGACGCCCGAGAGGGAAGCGCGCUCUCACACGCCGAAGACCCGGGGUGGAGUACCCGAAAAAGGAGCUGUCGUAACGAGCCAGGAAAGCAGAAUCAGGUCGGAACCUGGCCAGUUCCCGGCCGAUUCAAAGAAGGUUCAGAUCCGGAAACGGAAAAGGCCGCGAAGGACGUUAACGGCAGCUGCCAGAAGAGAGAGAGACGGGGUCACCUUGGAAAAGCGUCACCGAGGGCCGAUAUAUCGAGGAGCGACGCGAGGAUCGAGAUCACUAGAUGAUAUCGAAGGAUCAAGUAGCGUUAAUCGAUAGCGAGGACGAUGCGCGAAAUGUCACCGCUGUCCGGCGAGCCGGUCGUCACUGUUCGGCGAGUCGGCAACCUGGGCGGAACCUUGAGGACCACAACGGGCGUACCGACGAUUUGUGCAGUGAUGAACAUUGAGUACCUUUCUACGAGCGAAUUGAAAUUUAAUUGAAACAGGAAUUAAAACUAAUAAUAAUUAUUGGUUAAUUUAAUUACAUUAAACACACGUCACAUUUAAUCCGCAAUCGGCGAAAAAAAUGGAGUGUGCUAAUUGCCUGGUAACACCGUUUAAGAAAUCGUUAUCCCACACAUCAAACGUGUUAGAUAAUUUCGAGCAUACAAAAUGCGGGAAGUUACUGAAGCCGGAAGUUCACCAUGAUAAAGACGAAAAUGAGAUAUCGAAUGACGCGGGAGAGAAACAGGACAAUUAUUAUUAUGCCAAUUGCGACUCUUCGAUAUGGAUGAGAAGCUGCGAAGAAGAGGUGAUCGAACCCCUUCGAUCGAUCAAUGUCACCGGUAGCAUCCCCAAAUGGCUAAAGGGCACGCUGCUGCGAAACGGUCCGGGCAAUUUAAAAGUGGGCGAAUAUCGCUAUCAGCAUCUGUUCGACAGCUCCGCUUUGUUGCACAAAUUUGAAAUCGCCAACGGAGAGGUCACUUACCAGCGUCGAUUCGUCCAGACUGAGGUGUACAAGAGGAACCAGGCCGCUCAGAGGAUAGUCUUCAACGAGUUCGGCACUUAUGCGACGCCGGAUCCUUGUCACAGCAUAUUUCGCAGGGUGGCCGCAGUCUUCAAUCCGAAUGAAUCGAUGUCGGAUAAUUCCAUGAUCACGGUGUAUCCCUUCGGUGAUGAAUAUUACACAUUCGCGGAAGCGCCGGUGAUGCACAGAAUCGACCCGAAGACUUUAGAAACGAUGGGCAGGAUAAACGUGUCGCAGUAUGUUAACAUCGUAAAUCAUACCUCGCAUCCUCAUGUUAUGGCCGAUGGCACGAUUUAUAACGUAGGAAUGAGCGUGACGUCGAGAGGUCCUCAAUAUAACGUCGUAUGCUUCUAUCCUGAUCGCGUGACUACUGACGAUUCCGGAGAGAAGCAGAAGCUCUCGAUGUUUGAUCAAGCGACGAUCGUAGCCAGUGUGCCGAGCAGAUGGCUACUGAAUCCAUCAUACAUGCACACAUUCGGCAUUACCGAGAAUUACUUCAUCAUCGUGGAACAGCCAUUGGCGAUCUCCUUCAUCAAGAUGGCGAUGAGUCAUAUUAAGCAAGAACCGAUGAUAAACUCCUUCAAGUGGCACGAGAAUGAAACCACGCUUAUUCAUGUGAUCUCGAGGGAGACGGGUCAAACAAUGAGGACGUUUGUUGCCGAGACAUUUUUCUAUCUUCACAUCAUCAAUCAAUUCGAGACUCGUGACGGGGAGUACGUCGUGCUCGAUAUAUGCUGCUAUCGAAACCCGAAGAUGUUGGAGUAUAUGUACAUCGAUUCGAUGAAGGAUAUGCACGGAGAUUCCGAGUUCGCGAGAUUGUUCCGUGCCAGGCCGCUGCGUUUCGUGCUUCCGAUGAGACAACCGCCUAUCGAUACACCUUUCGAGCACAAUAUCAUCGCAAUUAAAACAGUGCAUCAGAGUUUGGAGGAUCGCAAGCUAGAUUUUCAGAUCAUCGAUUCACAGAACAAUUUUAGCACUGGUCAUGAAAUCGAAUAUCUCGACGAGACCAAAUGCCGGAUGAACGAGCAGAGAAGCGCUCUGUGGAAGAAACCUGCCGCUCAUCGACUUUCUGACGGCAGGAUCUUCGUGAAGCCGGAACUCCUCUGCGACAUCGGUUGCGAGACACCGCGAAUAAACACGGACUCGUGUCUCGGCAGCGAGUAUCGAUACUUCUACGCGAUAUCCUGCGAUAUGGAUCUGAACAAUCCCGGAACGCUUAUCAAGGUUGACACUUAUCGCAAGACGAAGAAAAUGUGGCAGGAAAAAGGUGUUUACCCUAGCGAACCAAUUUUUGUGCCGAAUCCCACCGGAAAGAACGAAGACGACGGUGUCGUUGUAAGCUCGCUCGUCUGGGCGGAUAAGGAGACUCGAGUUGAUCUGUUGAUCUUGGAUGCUGUGACGUUUACGGAAGUCGCGAGGGCUACCUUCGACACACCCGGGCCGGUACCUAAGUGUCUACAUGGUUGGUUCAGUCUAAACAAAUAAUCGUCGAACAUACAAUAUAUUAGACCAAAAGGAGAUUCGUGAGAUUUCCUUGGUAAAAGUUUAAAUGUAUCAUUAUCAACAAUUCGUUAUUAACAUAACGUAACAUAAAAGGUUUUUAUCUGGGAAUGUAAAUAUACUUUUAAGUGUAGCGUGUAUGUAUGUUGCAAAUAUAAAUUACUGUGUCAGCAACUUAAACUGAAAUAAAGCGAAUUAAAUACGUCGAA